AUGAAAUGUCCGUUAUUCACCGGCUUAAGCUUCCUUAUUUUACCUUCAAUCGAGCCGCCAAGAGUUCAGUUUAUAGUAAAGCUGAUAGAGGCAAACGGAGGCUCCAUGGUAGAUUCAUUAAUUAAUGAUACUGUCAUAUUGAUCAACGAUACUUUUGUAGAAAGCCAUACUUUGAGAAAAAGCGAGCUUUUCCAUAGUGAGUGGUCUUACGAUGAGGAGCUGUGGUAUAAACUUGUGUCGAAUGAACAGCUUGAAUUCUUCAAGCUUAGUUGGUUAAGCGAGUGUUUAAAGCAUCAAAAGCUGCUUGACAAAGCAGAUUUCCGAGCUCGUUUAAUGGAAGAAGACAAUGGCAAUAGCAACUCACCUCAUGUGGAUGCUAUCUCAAUCGAGACGCAAAGCUCAGCAGAGGAUACUGAAGUUGAAGACCAAACACUCGAUUUCGAUGUUCAAACUGAGCUUCUGAAAUCUGACGCAAAUGUGAUGGCUUCUCAGAGUGUUAUUGAAGACACUUCAGAAUCAAAGUCUACAGUGAAGCCAAACUUGGCCCUUACUCGUGCCCUUGAGCAGUUGUUCAAAAAAUAUCGUCUUCAGGGCGAUACUUAUCGAGCUCGCGGCUAUCAACUCGCUCUUCAAUCGAUCGAGAGCCAUGACAAGGCCAUAACAUCUGAACAAGAGGCGCUCUCUUUACCCAAUAUUGGUCCAAGCAUCGCCAGCAAAAUCCAAACGAUUCUAAAGCUAGGUUCGCUUCCUGGUCUUAACGAGGCCGAUAAGAAUGAGGAGCUUCUAGACUAUUUUAUGGCUUGUCAUGGAGUAGGCGCUCAGACAGCUCGAAAAUGGGUGUCCAACGGGAUUACUUCACUCACAGAGGCUCUUAAAGCGUACCCUUCCGAUUUCACCUGGAACGUUCUAUUUGGUUGGAGGUUUUACGAAGAUUGGUCUGUCAAAAUUCCCAGGGAAGAAUGCGCGGAUCACUUAGCUUUGAUGGAAAAGGCGUUGCGAGAUGUUGACAGUAGUGCACGCAUUGUGCUCACCGGCAGCUACAGACGCGGAGCCGCAACUUGUGGGGAUAUUGACACGGUUCUUUACAAACCUGGCUGUGAUGAUAUUUGGACUCUAUCUCAGAUCCUUGAGAAAUUGGUCUUACGAUUAAAGGGCAUGAACUACAUCCGUUGUCCACUAAAUCUAAAUCACGCUUUAGGACAGGAGUUUAAGCCGAUGAUAGAGACGCUCACUCACGCUGCUGGGUUUCAUGAGUCCUAUGUGUCCGGGCCUAAAGAGGUCUUGAAGAAAUUCUACUUCGGAGGAAAGCUACCGUCGAAUACCACGCAUGGCUUGUCAAAAACUGAGCAGCAGGUCCCAAGGCUAAAGUUUGAGGAUUCGUUAAUGUCUGAAUCUGAUCAAAAUACUCAUUGUCGAAGAGUAGAUAUCUUACUAAGCCGUUGGAGUCAAUUGGGAGCGGUAAUGAUCUAUUUCACAGGCAACGAUGAUUUCAAUAAGAGCCUAAGAAUAAGAGCCACUAAGAGAGGGUGGAAACUCAGUAAUAAUGGGCUUUAUCAGUCCAACGCCAACACAGAGAAAAAAGAUUUACUAAUCGAAUCGUUUGAUGAAAGAAGAAUAAUGAGCCUACUGGGAGUGGUCUGGUGCCCACCAGAAGAACGAAACAUCAAAGGCUACAUAUGA